AUGUUCGACCGGACAAUCUAUGAACAGAUGAAGGGCUCACCAAUGGGUUCGCCGAUAUCGGGAUUAAUCGCCGAGGCGGUCCUGCAACGGUUAGAGUCACUGGUCUUCCAACACCACAAACCGAACUUCUGGUCCCGGUAUGUGGAUGAUACCUUCGUCGUUAUCGAACGGGAUCAACUGCUGACAUUCAAGAAACGUCUGAAUGCGGUCUUUCCGGACAUACAAUUUAUGAUAGAGGAGGAAGAGAACAACCAGCUGGCCUUCCUGGAUGUCCUCGUAUACCGCAAAGAUUGUGGUGAACUAAAAACCAAAGUGUUCAGGAAAGCGACAAAUACGAUGCAAGUACUGGACUUCAACAGCAACCACCCAAUCAGCCACAAAGGCAGUUGUGUAAGUACGCUCUAUCGGCUUGUCGAAACGCACUGCAGUGAGCUGGAAGGCAAGAUUGCCGAACUACAAUACCUCCGACGUGUAUUCAAAGCCAAUGGCUACCCGCGAAAUUUCGUCAACCAGGAUGAAAGACCUUACCACACGGACAACAAAUUUUGGCGAGCGCUUCCAUAUGUCAAAAACGUUUAG